AUGAAGUUCUCCAACGCUGCUGCUCUUGGCCUUGUGGGCUGUGCCCUUGCCUUGCCCAAGCACAUCGAGAGCGGCGACGGCCAGUCUCUCCCUAACUUCCCAUUCGGCACUCCGUCUGAGGGCCAGCCCCAGGAGGGCGGCGAGGGUAGUUUCCCCUUCCCUGGCCCUAGCGGUACAUUCCCAUCCGGCUUUCCCACUCCCUCCGGCGGUGCUGGCUUCCCUGUUCCCAGCGGGCAGCCUGAUUUCCCCGCUCCCUCCGGCGGAGCAGGAUUCCCUGACCAGUCAUUCGACAAGCGGUACGAAGGUGAAGGCUUCCCCUUCCCCGUCCCCUCCGGCUUCCCCACCGGCAUUCCAUCGGGCUUCCCAAUCCCCUCCGGGUUUCCUACCGGCUUUCCUACCGGCUUUCCUACCGGCUUUCCAUCGGGUAUCCCAUCCGGCUUCCCCAUUCCCUCCGGCUUCCCAAUUCCCUCGGGAUCGCCAUCCAGCGGCUGGCCCUUCGGAGGCUGGCCCUUCGGCGGCUUCGAAAAGCGACAAGCCCAGGGCACCGACGAGGGCAACGACAACGAGGGUGAAGGCGACGACUCAUCCUUCCCCGCUCCAUCCGGCUUCCCUACCCCCAGCGGUCCGGUUCCUUCUGGCGCUACUCCCAGCGGUUUCCCCGGUGGUCACCACGGUGAGGGCCAUCACGGCGAGGGCCACCACGGCGGUAAGGGUCACCAUGGCGGUAAGGGUCACCAUGGCGAGGGUCACGGCCCUAAGCCUACUGGAACCUUGCCUUCCGGUUUCCCUCAGCCUUCUGGUGGCGAAGGUCCUCGUCCCACUCCGUCUGGGUCUUUCCCUGCGCCUAGUGGUGGGGCGUUUCCUUUCUUUGCUUAG